AUGUCUCGCCGCGACCCCACCCACCCCGCUUCGCUCCUUCCCCUCUCGAGUCACAACCGCCAACUGGUUCACUCGCUCAAGAACCGAGUACCCGCAUCUUUCUUUGACUUUGUCGCCGAUGCCACCUCAUCCGUCAUCCGCAUCUCCAACGAUGACGACCUCAACACACCUCCCCUUACCCCUUCUUCCGACGUCGGCUCCGACAAGUGGUGGGAGACUGCAGAGGAGGGAGAUGAGUUGCCGGAGUUGUCGGACUACAUCAGGGGAUUGGCGGCGCAGAGCAACGUUCAGAUGCCCACUCUGAGCGUCACCCUCGUCUACCUCAACCGAUUGAAGUCCAAGUUGCCCACUGUUGCUACUGGCAUGACCUGCACUCGUCAUCGGGUCUUCCUUGCCGUCCUCAUCUGCGCCGCCAAAUACCUCAACGACUCGUCGCCCAAGAACAUGCACUGGCAAAAGUACGGCCGGUUCUUUGCGUCGGCCGAGGUCAACCUCAUGGAGAAGCAGCUCCUCUACCUCCUCGACUACAACCUUCGCGUCACCGAGGAGGACCUCUGCGCCCAGCUCGGUCCCUUCUGGCGGGAACAACAGGCCCCCCUCCCCACCUCGAUUUCCACCCCCAUCAUCGCCACCCCUUCCCUCCACAACCUCCGCCGUGCAAGCGAACAGGAGCUGUCCUCCCCCUCCACCACCCCGCUCAAGGUCAGCGUCAACGCCAUGCGCAAGUCUACCUUCCAACCCCACCCCACCUGCAUCAGCCCCGAGUCACCCGCCGGCCCAUCACGCUGGUCCAGUCGGUACGGCAACAACCUCGACGCUGUCUCCCCCAAUGCCCUCCCUUCCCGCCGUUCAACAUCCCUCGCCGUCUCGGAUGCCUCCCCCUACCACCUCGCUUCCCCAUCACGGCGUCCAUCCCACCUCUCCAUCACCCCUUCAUCCUACUUCCACCAACUCCACCUCGACGCACCUACACCCGGGCUCGCGCGGCGCGACUCGAUGGACUCGCAAACGUCGGCUGCCUCGUCCCUGGAGGACGCACCUGGUACCCUCGUCACGUCUACGUCUACCGGCCAGCUCGCCGUCUCACAUCUCGGCCUUCCCCGCAAGGCAUCCUACAACGCACAUCCCGGAGCCAUCUACAUGGUCAAGGCGGACGAGGAAUCACCACUCCCUUCACCUACCGGUCUGCUCAAAAAGCUGGCCCAGCGCCACUCUACCUCUCUCCGUUCGAUACGGCAGGCAGGAUCCAAGGCGGGUUACAUAUAG